UGGUACGAAUGUAAUAGAUACGAACAAUAAGGAGAACGAAAGUGUGCAGCCGUAUCCGGUCCAUUUUUUACUAAUUUUUUGUGUAAAUUCUGUGUCAUGGGAGGUUCACAGAGUACUCGACAAAUAGUAAUAGACAACCAGUCAAAUGUUGUUGCUAUAACUGAUGAUGUUCAAAGAAGAUUGCUUGGUUUGCCAGAAAGAAAAAACACGGAAGAUGCGACACCGGAAGGUCAAGGGUCGACACAACUGACCAAUGAACAAGUGGAAGCCAUCAAACAUCAAAUAGAAAAUGAAUAUAGACAAAGAAUCACAGACGCUAGUACUCAGAGUCACAAGAUUAAAGCAGAGGAGUUUGCACGUGCUGUACAGGAAGUGGAAUCUAAAUUUAUAAAACAGAGUGGUGGACCAGUCUGUCAGGAUCUACAACAUGAAGUCUAUGAAUGUUAUCAGAAUCACAGAAAAGAGCCACUUAAUUGUUCCAAACAAGUGAAAGCUUUCACAGACGCUGUAGAAAAGGCUAGACGGAAUGCUAUAAUGACGAAGCAGUCGUGACACACAGAAAAUUAUUUGUGACAUGAAGAUAUAAAAACUUUAUUGUAGAAACUUUAAUUCAUUGCAAAUUGUGCUUUACUUGUUAUAAUAAAAUUGUGAAAAAUCUGAUAUGGUUCUUUGGAAGAGAGAUUUUUAUGGAACAGAAGGUGGCAUAAAUUGAAAGCUACUUGCCUAGUGUUUGCAGAUAAUUUAACCAGGAAAGCAUGCUGUCAAGUUACUAAAGUAAGAAGAAACUGACUUGACCUAAAUUUUGUGAUACUAGUACCCAUAAUUCUGACACAAGCCAAAUGAAAAUCUGGUAGCUGUGAAAUUUAGGUUGAAAAAAAUAUAAAAAGAAUCUGAUCAAACUCUUGACUUGUAGUGAAAAUUUAGUCAAUAAAGAUUGAUACUUUGCUUAUUUACCAUAUUUGAUAAAAAAAUGAUCUCGAUUAAAGCAUGUAAUACAG